GCCUUUGGGCCCCACCCUGACCUUUACCGCUGAGGCGGGCUCACCCGGCGGCGGCGGCGGCGGGGUGGGGCGGACCGGAACUGCGGCGGGCAGAGCGGGCUGAGCGGGGAAGCCCCCAGCCGCGCACGCUGGUCCUGUCUCAGGGCCCAGAGUGGCGCCAGGGCCAUGGAGCAGCGGCCCCGGGGCUGCACGGCGGUGGUGGCUGCGGCUCUCCUCGUGCUGCUGGGCACCCAGGGCCAGGGCAGCACUCCCAGCCCCGGGUGCGACUGUGCCCACAACUUACAGAAGAGGAAUCCUCUGUUCUGUUGCAGGGGCUGUCCAGCAGGGCACUAUCUCACGGCCCCCUGCACAGAGCCUUGUGGCAACAUCACCUGCCUCCCAUGCCCUCAAGGCACCUUCCUGGCUAGGGAGAACCACCAUGAGACCAGCUGUGCCCGCUGCCAGGCCUGUGAUGAGGAGGCCUCCCAGGUGGCCCUGAAGAACUGCUCAGCAGUGGCAGACACUCACUGUGGCUGCAAGCCAGACUGGUUCGUGGAGUGCUUGGUCACACACUGCAUUGGCGGCUCACCCUUCCGCUGCCACCCAUGCCUAGACUGUGGGGCUCUGCACCGCCACACGUGGGUAUCCUGUUCCAGCAAAGACACUGACUGUGGGACCUGUCUGCCUGGUUUCUUCGAAUAUGGCAACAGUUGUGUGUCCUGCCCCAUGCCCCCCCCUCCCUUUGCAGGAGCACCUUCUGGACCUGUCCUGAGCCCUGUGCGGCAGUCUGUGGCGGGAGGCAGAGUAGGUGUGUUCUGGGUCCAGGUGCUUCUGGCAGGCCUGGUAGUCCCACUCCUGCUUGGUGCCACCCUGACCUACAUAUACCGCCGCUGCCAGCCCCGCAAGCCCAUGGUUCCCGUAGAUGGAGCUGGGAUGGAGGCCCUGACCCCCCAGCAGGACACUCACCUCUCACCCCCGGACGGUGCCCACACCCUUCUAGUGCCACCCAGCAGCAGUGAGAAGGUCUGCACCAUCCAGUUGGUAGGCAAUAGCUGGACCUCUGGUUCCCCUCAGAUCCAGGAAACGCCCUGCCAGGAGAUGCUAUGGUCCUGGGACCAGCUGCCCAACAGAGCUCUCGGUCCACCGCUGCCACCUCCCAUGCCUUCGCCAGUGCCGCCUACAGGCUCAGGGGCCGCCAUGCUCCAGCCUGGCCCGCAGCUCUAUGACGUGAUGGACGCGGUGCCCGCACGGCGCUGGAAAGAGUUCGUGCGCACGCUGGGGCUGCGCGAGGCCGAGAUCGAGGCCGUGGAGGUGGAGGUCUGCCGCUUCCGCGACCAGCAGUACGAGAUGCUCAAGCGCUGGCGCCAGCAGCAGCCCGCGGGCUUGAGCGCCAUCUACGCGGCCCUGGAGCGUAUGGGGCUGGACGGCUGUGCAGAGGACCUGCGCAGCCGCCUCCAGCGCGGCCCGUGACGCAGGGCCCAUCCGCCACCUGGGAGCUCUGGUGGCCCUUACAGAAGCCCUAAGUACCGUUACUUAUGCGUGUAGACAUUUUAUGUCACUUAUUAAGCCUCUGGCACGGCCCUGCUUAGAGGCGCCAGCCGUUCUCCCCGCUCCGCACCCUCAGUGUUCUGGUUAAGGCGAAGCAGCAUCGACAAACAUCAGGAGGGGGUCAAGAGAUUGCUCGGCUGUUUCUCGGCCAGAGUUUGGUUGAGGCCUUGGUAUUAAAUCUAUAAGGAAAAACGAA